AUGGAUACAGUCGAAUCCAAAGACAUUGCGACUGCGCAUGUCGACGAUGGAGAAUUUGCAAAGGGGUCUACGAGUAUGGAUGAGAAUGGCCGUUGGUGGAAUUGGCGAGUGAUUAUGAAUCUGAUUAUCAUCGGUCUGGCAAUGGGAUUAUUUGGCUAUGAUAACGCAUUUGCUUCACCUCUUGUCUCACUUCCGUUAUUUGUAGCGAGAUACCAAGGACCUGGCUUCCAAGGCGCAUAUGUAUUUACCGCUAGAAACUUGAAUCUUCUCAUCUGUAUUCCUCUAGUUGGAGCGGCUUGCGGCGCAUUUGCGGCCAUCUUUGCGCAGAAAUAUCUCGGGCGUAAGGGGACUUACUUGCUCGCUUAUGGGCUUCUUAGCAUUCCAGGCUCUAUAUUGCAACUGUUUGCCCCGAAUCUAGCAGCAAUGGUCGUUGGUCGCUUUAUAAACUACGUUGGAGUCAGCAUUCUCACAAACGUUUGCCCCGUCUACCUAUCCGAACUUACGCCUGCAAACUUUCGCGCACGAGCUGUCGGUCUCACAGUUGCAGGAAGCGGCGUCCUCUCCGUCAUCGCCACAGUCGCCGUUUGGGCCACCGAGAAACUCACGGAUCAAUGGCAGUACAAGAUCCCGCUGCUCAUACAGGCCGUCUUCCCCGGAGCUCUGGUAAUUCUGUCCCUUUUCCUAACGGAGUCCCCGAUCUGGCUACUCUCCAAGGGAAGACAAGACGAUGCGCGGAAGAAUUUGCUCCUCCUCCGGGGCGGCAACGCUGCCCUCGUGGAAAAAGAACUAAGUCUCGCGGCGGCUGCGCUGCACUCGCACUCUGAACAGGUCCAGGUUAAUGUGUGGGAGAUUCUUAAACUGGAGCAUCUUGAGAGAACUCUCACGGCGUCUGCGCCACUGUGUCUAAGUCAAGUCGGUGGCCAGAUUCUCGUCUCGACGUACUCGACGGUUAUUUUGUUACAAAGCGGUGUUGAUGACCCGUUCAAGAUCACAAUCAUCAUCUUUUUGCUGCAGUUUCUUGGAACACUUAUUGGGCCUUUUCUUCUUGACAUGACGGGACGACGACCAGUGGCUCUUGUGGGCUUUGUGCUUCUGCUUGUCAUUGAUGUGGUGUGCGGUGCUCUUGCUUGCGCUGGGCUGAAAACUGAGGGACAGAGAGUUGGGCUGGCUGCGCUGUGUAUAAUCUUCAGCUUUAUCAACUCGGUUUGCUUUCAGUCAAUUGCAUACGUUUUACCAACCGAGGUCCCGACAUCACGGCUUCGUGAGCCGACCAUGUCUUGGACUACGUUUUGGAGCUAUUCUACUGCCAUUAUUACUACGUUUGCCGUUCCGCAAAUUACUAGUCCAGAUGCGGCCAACCUUGGAGCCAAGGCUUUCUUGAUCUUUGGAGGCUGUAUGUUGAUUACGCUGGUUUGGGCAUAUUUUUACCUGCCGGAAACUUCGAACCGUACUCUUGCUGAAAUCGACGAGUUGUAUGCUGCAAAGAUUCCGAAACGGCAUUGGAAAGAAUACAAGUCGACUGCCAAUGAGGUUGACAAUGACUGCUGA